GUUUAAUGUCGUAUUGAAAGCGAAAGGCACGCAGUAAGCAUAAAAACCUGGUGGCAGUAUCCAGAACUACGCUGGCAACUUGUCAAGGGAAAAGCUGCACGCCAUGUUUUAUUUGUUUAUUUUUUAGGGUGUUGCAAAUCGAUCUUUGUGUUUGGAGGACUUGCGUUGAUAGCUGGUAGCUAGUUCGUUGGAAUGGAAUGCGUUGGAUGUGCCUGUGACUGAGCCGGUGUCGGUGUGACAGCACCCUGGAGCAGGCCGAGCAGUCGCCGCCGCCGCCGCCGCCGCCGCCGUCGGCCGCGUGGACAGCCAUGUCGCGCCCCGGCUCGGCGCGGAACAAGAACAUACCUGGCGAUAAGAUCAACCUGCGGCUGAUCAUGGUCAGCGGCAAGAGUCGCGAGUUCCUGUUCGGGGCGCACGACUCGGCCGGCGACAUCGCUCAGUUUGUGUUCGACACGUGGCCGGAAGACUGGAGUGAGGAGGCCGUGGCCAAGGCCGAGGUGCUGCGACUCAUCUACCAGGGCCGCUUCCUGCAUAACAACGUGACGCUGGGCGCUCUGGGUCUGCCACUCGGCAAAACCACCGUCAUGCAUCUGGUGCCGCGCGAGAACCUGCCAGAGCCCAACUCACAGGAUCAGCGCCAGAAGAGCAAGUCGGGCGGCAGCCGGUGCUGUUCGGUGUCGUGCGUCAUCUUGUAACGGGUGUGCGCGCGCGCCGCCCCCUGUGAUACACCGCCGCCGCGCCGGGUCGGCCGGCGACUGGCCCGAGCCGGCCCCGGACGGCGCGGCCAUCCUGUCCAGCCGUGGGCACUGGUACGUAGCCAGGACGCCGCCCGCUGAGAUCGUAGAUAGGUAUUUAAUUGUCCGCGAGCGCCGCUUCUCUGCACCACAGAGCCGGCGAGGCGGCCGAGCGCCGACCGCUACUCGCUCAUGCCUCUUAUUUGCCCGUUGUUCCCUGGAUUGUGAUUUAUUGUGCGAGUGUGAGCGAGAGACGAGUGGCUGGUGUGAUCGACACAGAGUUGAUGAAUCUUGUUAGGCUUUAUCAUCGAGACGCAGGCUCGCGAAGGGCUGGCAUUGGAUCCGCAACUACCGUGCAAGAGAGCCUCAUUGACGUUGUUAGGAGAUUAUUGAAUUUAAUGGCUCUUAGCGUGAAUUAUCAUCCGCUAGUGAAGCACCGAGAUAUUCUAGCUAGCCCCCGUCUCUCACAGUGGUGACAAUCUUUUAUCGUUUGUUCCUCAUUUGAAUGUUUGUCCUCUGGGGCUGACAGAGAGUUGUGGGAUGGUGCGCGUACCUCCCGCUAGAGGCGCUAAUGCUGUCUGCGUCGGGUGGACCCUGGCGCGCCGUGGCUGGUGAGCCGACCCGAGAGUAGGGGCGGGACGAGGCCAUGCCUGGAUGCCGAGAUGCCGUGUUGACUUCAGGAGGAGUAGGAGGAUGCGCGGAGUUCGGGGGGGGGGAGGAGUUAUUGGUGUGUAUGGGGACGAGAAGUGGAGUUUGUUCAGAGGGCAGUAGCCGAGGUGGCGGCUUUGUUCACUGGAAAGUCGAGGGCUGGCUGCCUGAAAUGCGGGGACUGUGGACGUGGAGCCGUGAUGGCCCUUGGUGCGGGGCGCGCCGCGUGGUAAGGCCGUGUGAGCAGAUAUGUCUUGUGAGGCGAGUCCUGGCGCCGCUGUUUGGUAGACCGGCACGCGGCGCGAGCGAGUGCGGUAUUGGCCGAUUGCGCAUCGUCUCUGGGUGCGGAGUACAUUUGUGGAACGGGUUCUGAUUCCUUCCCCUGGACUGUUAGGUUGAGAGUAAUUAGCUGAUGAGAGAUUUCGCUAGAUCUGAUAGUGACAAUAAUUCCCCAUAUUCCGAGAUGUCUGAUCUAUUAGCUUCAAUGACUCCCUGCGGCAUUGUUCCCGCAGGCCCGCUGAACAAUGUUGUGGUGGUUAUGUAGUGUUGUUUGACUCGCAUUCAGGGUGAGGUGUCUGGUUGUGAUCGGGACAUCCGUGUGUUGUGAAUCACCAGCUAUCGCAUAAUGGAGCUGCAUGCCCCCGCUCACAUGGUUUAUAUCAGUCUUAUCAAAUGAACAUUAGCUGUCGCUUCUGCGCGCUGUACAAUCGUUGUGGUUUUUAGUGGUGCUUCAUUAUCUUUGUGCCAGCUCAUGAGCAACACGUCCGCGAAUUUCUCAUGUCGGGAGUUGUGGAGAGUGAAAGACAAUUGGAUAGAUGCCUCCGAUUCAUCUGUAUUUUAGCCCACUGAUUGAGCCUUAGUGGCGUGAUACGUAGCUAUCUCUGAAGAGUUGAUUUAUCGAUCUGGCGCCUUCGCGCGUCUGUGUUGUUUUUCCGCGCGUCUGUUAGAGAUUGACCGCCCCUGUGAGUGCAUGUUACCGAUCCCCUGAAGUCGGAGCGCAUGUUACCGCCUUUGUGAGCGCCUGUCCCUGCCCGUGUGAGAUCCUACGCCCGUCUCGGUCUGCCUGUGCCACGUAUACCCUGCUGUUGACUGCUGGCCUGGCAGUGUCUGUACGAAAGCGUCCGCGAUAUACAGUGCAGUGGUAGUGACUGAAAUGACAACGGUGUGACUGAAAUACUCAGCGGUACAACGUCCGGUCCGGCCGGAGUGGGGAUGGGGGGGGGGAGUCGGGUGCGACACUGGACGCGUUCUGAAUGACCUGCGGCCACCAGCGACGAACGCCGGGCCCGCGUGCGUGUGUGUCGGGCCACUCUCGAUGUACGUUAUGACAAUGGUGUGGUGUGGACUGAUUGUCCGUAGAAGUUGUCUCGCUGAUGUGCAGAAAUACAAUUCUUUAAAUGCC